AGCGUGAUGUAAACAAGGGAGGGAAUCUCCGAGUGAGGAAGAGCUCCGUGUUGGCACUUUGACAUUUGUAUUCUGUCAUUUUGUUAGUUGUUAUUUAGGCGAAACAGUACACAAAUGUCGUUAUCCUGACACGUUUGUUGUAACCGUAUAAUUGUCAGUAUGGAUCCCCGACACAGACAGAUUCUUCAGCGACACCGGGUGGAUUUAGUCAAAGAACUGAAUACGGCAGAUCUAUGCGAUGGCCUUUUGUCAAAGGGGAUCUUCACACAAGACAUGAUCGACGAAAUACAGAGCAAAACAACCAGACGUGAUCAAGCCAGGAAACUGCUAAUAGACUUGGAGACCAGAGGGAGUAGGGCUUUCCAAGCUUUCCUGGAGUCCCUACGCGAAACUGAGCAUCAUGAACUAGCAGAGCUCCUGGAGGGAGGACCUGGUGCUCAUCAGUCUCUCCCAACACCUGUACAGCCUUCAGUGAUUCCUCUACCAGUCAAGCAUCCCAAACCUACUGACAAUCCAGACAGACCCGAUCUAUCUUCUCCAAAGUUAAUACCCCUGAGACCACCAAACAGCUUGCCUUUGCCUAAACCUAAUAGUCCACCUUCUGAAACACAGAGACAAAGACAGAGACGUGAUAGUAUACAGGCUUACAAGAUGGAUGCCCGGCCGUGUGGGAUCUGCUUGAUUAUAAACAAUGUGGAGUUUGACCCGGCUUCCAGUCUGAAAAACCGUAAUGGGUCUGACAUAGACUCCGACAAGAUGGAAAGAAGAUUUAAAGCUCUUAACUUUGAGGUUUUAGUAAAAAGGAACUUGAAAUACAAACAAAUAAGACGUGAACUGAAUUCUUUAGCGAAGAAGGACCAUUCGGCAUAUGACUGCUGUGUUGUGAUUAUUCUUUCUCAUGGCACUGAGGCAAGCCAUAGUCGUUUCCCCGGGGCAGUCCAUGGUGUGGACGGAUCAUCCGUCCCAGUUCAGAUAAUCACAAACUACCUCAAUGGGCAGAACUGUCCUUCUCUUCAGGGCAAGCCAAAGCUUUUCUUCAUCCAGGCCUGUGGAGGAGAUGAUAAGGACACAGGCUUUGAGGUUUCACCAGAUGAGGUGCAGCCCUCUUUGGGUGGAGCAGAUGAUCAGAUGGAUGCUAUUCCCAUGUCCUCCAGCAGCGACUCUCUUAGCACGUCUGAUGAAGUUGAUGCUCGGGCAACUUUGCCCACACCUAGUGACAUCCUGGUGUCCUAUUCAACUUUUCCAGGCUUCGUCUCAUGGAGAGACACGCAGGCUGGCUCGUGGUAUGUGGAGAAUCUCGAUCGUGUGCUUGAGCAGAACGCUGACACUGAUGAUCUGGUGACAAUGCUUAUGAUGGUAAAUAAUGCCGUCUCCCAAAUUUCUGCCAAAGGCCUUUAUAAACAAAUGCCUGGAUCUUUCAACUUCCUGCGAAAACAUCUCUACUUUCAAACACCACAGUCAUGAUCGCUUGGAGAUCGGAAAUAUCUCUGUAUGAUGUCAUUAAAACACUGUCACAA